AUGUGGUGGACUUCAGUGCAGACGUGGGUGGUGUUCGUGCUGAAGGACAACAAACUCAAGGAUGUCCUGGCCCUGGACAUGAGGACUUUGCUGUGUGGAAGCGGAGAGCUGUCCCUGAAGGACAACGGACGCCCCAGGACAUCCAAGCCUUUCUCCUUGGACGGCACGGGCCGGGUGCGGAUGUAUGGACCGGUGCUGGGCCCUGCUCUGCUCCUCCGCUCCGGGGCCUCACGCAGGCAGCCGCGAGGCCACUCCAGGGACCCACCCCGGCUCCUGCAGCCCCGGCGGUGGACAGUGAAGCCGGGCAGAGGGAGCGAUGCCAUCCCAGAGCUGCUGGUCCCUCGGGGGGUGUUGGUGGCCCCGGUGAUGCCCGUGGCUGUGCCCACAUGCGGGGAAGGCUCAUCCCGGUGCCCAGGCGAGGAGCGUGGCCCCGGGGCGGGGGAGGCUGUGCCCGGAGCCCCGGGAAGGAGCCGGGCUGCCUGCGCUGAGGCUGAUGCUGCCGCCUGCCCCGUGACGGGGGACAGCGUGGUCUGCGCCCCCCCGGAGACCUGUGAGGACGGCACCGCUCCAGCUCCGUACGGCUUCAGGUCCGGCUCCUGGACGGCUGCAGUUCGAUUUUGGCUCCAGCUCCUUUGUGGCUCCUGUUUGUUUCUGCUCUGGUUCCAGUCCAGCAGAUGGACGGCUCCAGCCCCAGCUCAUUGCGGCUCCAGCUCAUGGGUGGCUCUGGCUCGUUUCUGCUCCUGUUCCUUCUGGCUCCAGCUCAUUUGCACCUUCAGUUUUGGCUCCAGCUCGUUUGCGGCUCCUGUUUGUGGCUGCUCUGGAUUCAGUCCGGCUCAUGGACGGCUCCAGCUCGAUUCCAGCUCGUUGCGACUCCAGCUCAUGGAUGGCUCUGGCUCAUUUCAGCUCCUGCUUGUUGUGACUCCAGCUCAUUUGCACCUUCAGGUCCAGCUCCUGGUGGGCUCCAGUUGGGUUUCAUCUCCUGGGCAGUUUUGGCUCCAGCCCAUUGAUGGUUCCAGCUCGUUUUCGCCCCCAGCUCUUGGGUGGUUCCAGCUCUGGCUCCAGCCCCAGCCCAUCACAGCUUGUGCUUGUUCAACUGCUCCUGGCUUUUGGCCAGGUCGUAAAUCAAUCGCUGUCAUGGCCUGUAUAUGAAUAUGAACUGUCAUAAUUGUACACGUGUUGCCUAAUGAGUGUGUUUAUUGUUCAAUGACUAGUCCGGUGAAUAAACAGUUGGACUCUCAAAUGAAGUGGGAAAAGUGCCUUUUCGCCCAGAGACUAUCUCAGACGUUUAAUUCGGCCUGGUGCAUGCCGGCGUCCCGCACUUUGGGGAACAACGCGACCGGACCCCCACCUCCGGCGGG